AGCAGCGUUGUAAUAUCUGCGCAGGUCAAAGCUUUUAAGCGAGAAAAACAACACAAAAGAGCAAGAGCAAUCUGUAUGCAAUGCCGCCUGUGUAGCAGCGGGCAGCCUGCCUCCUCCACCACCAACACCACCCCUCUGUCAUUUUAUUUUUAUGUUUUUUAGCGUCACAUCCCCUGGCCGGAGGAAUGUAGAGACGGAGAGCUUUAAAAAUAGCAUCCUCUCCUCUGACAGCGCUGCUCCGGUGGCUCCCGCAGCACUGUGGUGCGAGAAGCAGGAAUGCGAAGAUGGCUACAGACCUAGGAGAGCUGCUGGUCCCGUACAUGCCCACCAUCAGGGUGCCCAGGACAGGAGACAGGGUUUUCAAGAGCGAGUGCGCCUUUUCUUUCGACACUCCUGUAAGUAUUCACAUAACGCGCGCGCGUCGAGACACAGUUUUGCGGGGUGAAUGUGCGUGGCAGACAGGCUGACAACGUGAUACGUCUUGACCAAACAACAACCGCGAGCCAGCGUGUAAUGCGUGUGUGUUGUUUUGUGUCUACCUUUUUGGUUGUGAACUUAAAAGCGAAUUAAUCAUUCACAUAUUGUUUACAUCUCACGAGACAGGCGUGGAGGGGUUUCCCUUUGUGCAGGGGAGGAGGGCGAGACUGUCCAGUUCAGUUGAAAAUACCUCUGAAACCCAUGUCAACACACCUGCUUUCGAGCUCUUCAUUUGUUUGAAACGCUCAAGCAUCUCUGCUAGGUUAGCUGCAGCUGUUGUGUGUCACUUAAUAAUUAGAGUGUACACUGGACACACACCACAUGACAUUUUAUUUGUCUUCCAACAUUUGUCAGGUGUACAAAUUUCAACUACAAUUUUCCAAUUUUCACACACAGUUAGUCUUAUAAAUGCAGUCAGUUUGUAAUUUCCCCCCUUUGUAGCAUGUAAAAAGUCCAUUUUAAGUGACAUGUAGUUGAAUUUACUACUAUUUUCCAAAACUGAGCUUACAAUGACAUAGCAAAAAUUCUUGCUAUCAUUGUGGUUGCCUAGUAUAAGCUAAAAGUGUGUUUGUAUACUCAAAAGUUAGUGUGCUGGGGCCUCCACACUGAGCUUUAUGUGUUACUAGAGAGUGUAACCAUAGAAAACUCAUGACCCAUACAUCAGAGCAGGUUAUCAUUGUUACUCUGACACAUUUUGUGUUUCUUUUCUGAUAAAGGUAAUAGAGUUAGUAUCAAAACAUCAGUUAUUUUAAUUUAUUUGGUCAUGUUUAAUUUUUAGAGGGUAUUUUUAUGUUUUUAUUCUGCGGUUUAACUUCUCCUGUGCUAAUGAAGAUAGAUUACUCAUCAUUAUCUCACCCCUUACAUCUUGUUCAUAGGACCAGAAAAAUUUACUUUCUCAGAGGUAACCGUUUUUAAAGGUGACUCAGCUGUCUGGAGUUCAUCAUGUUGGCCUGAGGACUGGUUUAUUUUUAUCCAUGCUCUGUUGAAGCUCGUAUGUCACUCUGGGCCACUUAAAGGUUUAUCGCAGGGGUUCACAGGGGCUGCACUGAUUGUGGAUUUAGGUUAGUUUUUAGGAUGUGAUGUUAAAAGGUCUGAAGAAGUCACGGGUUUAUCGUUUGAAUUUUUUAACACUUGAAGUAUGCCUCACUGGUAUAAUGUGGAUCUUUUGAAUGUUAGAAAUAAACAGAGCAUAAUUUUUGAGAAAUUAUGUUGCUGUAACAUUUUAGUACAGUCAGUGAAAUGUGUAAAGUCUGCAGCCACUCAUCGGCAGUAUUUAGAGGUAAAGAGUUCCUUACUUUUUACAGAAGCACUUGCAUCAGAAAACAGAAAAUGUUAGAUUUAGUCAAAUUUAUCCCUUUUUAAAGACAAUAUUUGGCUGACAUCUAUCUUGUCAUAUGUGACUUGGUUUUCAGUUAAAACCAAGCUCUCAGUAGCAGACAUGUACUCCAUAAAACUGUGAUUUUUGAUUCUGUGGGAAAGUACUGGAGCAGGUUUUUGGCUGUUCAUCAAGAGGCGAGACAAAGACUGUGUGGACAAGAAGGCCUAUUUGAAAAUGUGCUCGCCAAAUCCUUGGCACAGAUUUCCUACCAGCAUUUCUAUCGUGAAUAUUGUGUUAAGUCCUUGAGAGCAGUGCUUUCCAGUGUAAAUAAAAGUACAGAAAACAUUUCUCAAGGGUAAUGACUCCUCUGAAUGUGGAACUUUGAAGCUUUUUUGGCUUUUUUUUUCUGGAUGAUUUUCCUAAUCCUGCUUUUGCUGUAAAAACUCACAUGUAUAGUUUAAACUUAUAACAACAAAGCGAUGACUUGUGCCGUAUAUCAGGAGAGGCAUAAGGAACAUGGUAAAUAAUGAACCCAGAAAAAGAUACCAUUAACUACUAAAUGUCUUAGUAAAUUUUCUUUGAAAUCAUGUGCACUUUCUGAUGAUACCAUUGUGUGAAAUUUGCUGUUGUGAUGACGGUAUUUGACUUUGUGCCGCUGUUUCUGCUUGUUUUGAUUUGAAGGAGUCAGAAGGAGGGUUGUAUGUGUGUAUGAACACAUUUCUGGGCUUUGGACGAGAACAUGUGGAGAGACAUUAUCGCAAAACUGGACAAAGUGUUUACAUGCACCUCAAGCGACAUGUCAAAGAGGUAAGUUGACCCCUGACCUGUACUUUUAUCGCAGCUAUCUUUAAUUGCAAGCCAUCUUAAAAAUGGAUUUAGCAUUUCUUUAUAACUCUGUUUGUAAUUUAACAAUAAUACAUAAUAGGCAGUGUUUGAGGUAAAUGUCAUAGAAUAUUAUGCAAAUAUAUAAAACAACAGUCAAAUAAGACCAAUGUAAAAAAGAAUAAAUAAAUCAUGGAUUCACUGGAAGCUUAAAAAUACACCAGAAUAAAAUCAGACAUACUAUUAUUUCUGUAAAAGCAGCAAUUUUAACACCAUUAUGACUCUUGCUGUGGGCAGCCAUCAAUGAAAGCUGGCAUAAAAAGAUAAAUACUGUAAUAAUUAUAAUGAUAAGCCAUCCCAAAAGACGAUAUUUACUGAAGCUGUCUAUUGAGAAUAUCCACAUAACUGCUCAUAACCACAAUUUAGUGUAAGAGUUUUUUUUCUCCUUAAUGACUCCACAAAAAAACAUUCACUAAAUGUUGAUUCACUGUGUAUUUUAAAUUUGUCUGGAUCACACAUCAAAUUUGGCGCACACAGGUUGUUAAAAUCAUAUUGCCAUGAUCAUAAGUAUUGUUGAUUGAAUUAUAUACGUAGAGCUGGGGUGCUUGCUCACUAACAUUACAUCAGGAAAAGACAGGAACUUUUUCACCAGACACACCACUCUGACCUUCAGACAGAGGUCUGUUUGAGUGUUUGUGCCUAACACUUGAUAUGUUUUCAGCUCUGUACCUUACUGUGCUCCUCAUAUGACAACCCUCAUCUUUUACACCAGUUUCUUUGUAUCCAUAUUCAUGACCAUUUAUCCACUAAUUCCCUCUAAAAUUACUAGAAAGAGUAAUGUAAUUCGGUGCUAAUGAUGUCAAAAUUAGAGACAGUUUUUACACUUGUAUUUUGAAUAGAUCUAAUUAAGAAACGGCAUGAAGUGGAAAUCCACAGCAUUAGUAGUCUGAGAGGACUCCAAAGCACUCCAGUUACAGCUAUAAAAAUACUUUUAUAUUCCAAUAAUAGAUCAGUUAUAAUCAGCAGUGGACAAAGAGCACACCUUUAGUACAUGAAUCAAAGUAAAGUUACUCUUGGUGAAGCAUUACAUUUAUACAAUAGAGAGUUGCUCUGUCAAAUCAUUGAGUUAAAGAGCUGAAGUACUUGGUUAACAACUGACAGUUUCAAACUUCUGUCUAUUAGUUUUAUUUUUAAAGGGACCGUGUACAUUGUUAAAUGCAGGAGUGCAGUCAAGUAUACCUUCCUGUAAGGGCUGCUAAGUUAUGUUUAUUAGUAUCUUAUUUUUACAUGCUGCAGAUUUCCAGAGUGGCACUUAACUAUAAUGGGUUUGACAAACCAUAGAAUAAAAAUGGCAGCUAAGUUACCACAAAAACAGACAACCUGAUUUAAGAUUAUUAUCUAUAGUAAUUUGAAGUGGUGUAAAUUAUUCUUCAUUUUGUAUACCUUGAACAUGGACUUAAGAUAUAAAACCAAUAGAUGGUCAAGUGUAAAAAUGUCUGUUUCUGGUGUAGCGAUUGUUGAAUGAAUUGCCUGAUAUGAGCGACAUUUCUCUGUGAUUGCACUACACAUUACCAUGGGAACGUGUACUGUACAGGAGCAGCAACGCCACUUGAAGAACCAACCACAGAACUACACAAUAACAGUGUACAAUCCCUGGGAUUGAAUCGUAGGAAAGGAAAUUCAUCAGUAUCCAGACACGUAAAAAAGAUUCAUGUAGAUGUAGUGGAGUCAAAAAUAAGAUAUUUUUCUUUCAAGUGUAGUUGGGUAAAAAAAAUCCCCAAAUAAAGUACAUAUUAAAUAUUUAUUAUAAAGUACAUAUUCAAAUAAAUUGAUGUCAUAACUGUCCGCCAUUGACUGUAGUUCAUUGCCUGAGACGAUUUCUCAGUUUACUCUACAUCAGCUGAACAAAAGAUCACAUCAAAUCUAAGUGUUCAACAGUGACUUAAAGCCUGUUAAUGUUAACAACUAUUAAUUGAGCUCAAAAACUGCAUUAAAAGAAUAAAUUUUAUUUUUCAGGAAAUAUCCUUUAAAAUUUAGAGCAAAUAUCCUGUGAUUAAUGGCCUAUUUUUUGUAACAGGAUAAGAUACAAGUGCAGUAAAUGAACAAAAUUUAAAGCAACAGAUUGUGUAUUUUGUGGACGAUGAAGUAAUGCCAACAACAGCAACCUUGCACCUGAUUUUUUCAAAGAUUAGUCAAGUCUGAGCCAGGGGGCUGUUCAUAAAACUUUUAUUUUGAAGUUUAUGGUGAAGUUUACUAUCUGUGAUUUCAUCCAACCAUAUAUUUGUUUCAUUAUAACUCACUCUUCUAAACAGCCCUCUGAAGAAGCCGGCUUUCUCAAAGUUGAUGUAAACAACCAAAGCAUUUUUAGCAGCCUUGUUUUCUCUCUGGCUCUAAUUGCCCUCAGAUAAGCUCUGCUUUGUAAAGAGCUGCUAUUUCCAUGCCUAUCUCUGACCAGAAACAGCUGCUCAUAUUCUGUAGGCUCCUGUGUCUGCUGUCUCUUUCCCAUGAGUGUAUUCGGUCUCCAGUGUGUCAGCAUUCUCUGUCUUUCUGUCUGUCUGUCUGUCUGCUUUCCGCUGUGUCCCCCGUCCCUGCAAAGUGAACAGGAAGCAGUCAUCUGAGCCAAAGAGGAUUCAUGAGACGCCAGGCAGGGGCACUAGGUUGUUUAGAUACCAGCUAGCAAUUUGGCAGGAUUCAUGUUUCAGUAGAUCUAAUAAAGUGCAUCUUAUUGAACAUUUAUCUUAUUGAUGUUUGCAUCAAGGCAAAUAACAGUUUUAAUCUGAUUAAGUUAUGUUGUCAUAUGGAGUUUUCUACCAGUCUGGAAAGUAGAGAGGGGGGGUGACAGGCACAGACAGGCCAAAACAUGUUGAACCCACUGUAAAUGAUAUCUCUCCAAGUCCACAAAUCAUACAUGCAACUAUAGCAGCUUUACUUAUCAUUCUUUAAUUUUGACCCAGCCACGGUCGGGGGUUUCCCCCGGCCCUGUAACCUGACCUGGCAACUGGAUUGUCCAGCAUCUAUUUCUAACAAAAUGACAACCAUCUGUAGAGCAUGAAAGCUCUUUUAAGUGUUUUACAAAGAGAAUCAUCAAAGGUGUUGUAAGAUUUUUCUUUUUUUAAUACGGCGAAGGGUCUUUGAUCUGAUUUAAUUUCCUCCGUCCUGUUUCCCUCAGAAAGCCACAGGAGCAGCAGGAGGCGCCAUCCCCAGGCGAAGGAAUGGGAAAGUGUUUCUAGGUAAGUGAGGUUUUUAUGUCAGUCAGGCAACAAAGAAAGUAUAGGCCAGACUUUUGACUGAAGCAAAGAAACCACAUGUUUUGUGUGUUAUAGUCAAGAAGGUUUUACUGCCAUCCUUUAGCACAUUUUAGGACAGGAACAGGAACAAUAAUAGAUUCUUUGGUCCUAGUUAAAAAAAGGGAAAUAUAAAAAUAAAAAUAUAGAGAAACUUCAAAAUGUUGGAUUAUAACAAAAAAUAGACAAUGUAUGAAGUAAAAUCAACUCUAUGUGAAAACAAUGCUUUACAGUAAUUAAACCCUACUUUAUAUAUGUAUUAAUAUGGGCUAUAUUUGUAUAGAUAUGUGGUGAGGAUAUAUGGGAUAUUAAUUUCACAUUUAAAACACUAGCAGUAAUGUAAAAACCCUGCAUAAUAACAGAGUGCAGCAUUUCAUUUUAAAACACUUGUUAUAACUUUAUCAGAAAUUAUUUCAUAUUUGAGGAGAUAUAAAAUUUUGAUACAAAGGACACAAAAGAAAAAAAAACAGUUUAAAUUUAGCCCUUGUUCAAUGAGUGGAAAUGUUGUGCCAUUGACAUUUCAGGAAUUUUAAUGUUUAUUUAUUUUUUACCUUAAUAGAAUCUGAGAUGUAAAGAGGGGUGAUAUAUUUCUAGUGUGAGUGCUAGAAACAUAUUGACAUCUGUAACUUUACAUAGCACCCUCCAAGUACACAACAGAAGUCUCACUCUGAACUUUAGGGGUGUUUGUGUAAAGUAGAAAAUAUAAUGAAUACGUUCAAAAGUGUUUCAAGAAGAUGACAAUUUAGCUGUUGCUUUAUUUUUUAGAGUCCGUGUGUUGAAAUCAAAUCAAAUAUCACCUCUGUAAUUUUAAACAUGUCAUUGUUUGUUACACUGCGGUGACCCCCCAGCUGCCCCUCCAGCCGGCCUUUACUCAAAGUGUGAGAUAUUUCCCAUGAUGAGACCCCUCCUCCUCCUCUUCCUCCAGCUCCUCCUGAGCUCCAAAUAUAACCGGUUUAUUUGUAUAUGUGGUUGGUAACUGCUCUAAAUCAAAGCCUUGCCUGCUACUCUCCUCCUCCUCCUCUGCAUGGGGAGGGGUGGGUUUGUCGCCUGCCCCUCAGCUGCCACCACCUGUCAUCCUCCCUUUAGGCUGACACACUUCUACUGCAGCUCUGACGCUGCUCAGAAAAAAACCAGGUGUCACUCUCCCUCCUUUUCGUCCCCCCUCUCCCUCUCUGCUGGCAUGGCGGGGGAGGAAUUCCUUCCACACACCCACUGUGUAACCAAUGUUUGUGUUUUCUCAUCAGUCAGUUUUUAAUGGACUUUUUUACCUAUUGUCUCUGAUCUGACUGCUGCACAUCAGGUCAAAACUCAAACCAGCGGCAGCUCCGUCUCUCUCUCUCACUCACUCUCAAACAAAAACUCUUCCAAAGAUGCUCUUUCCUCGGAUAUCUCGCCCCCGUCCUCCAUUUUAGAGGUUCGAUGUAACAGCAGAUGUGUGUAUCUGCCGUCAUCUCCAUACCAGACCAGUGAUUUAAUCAAACCUUUGUGUGCUGACGUCAGACGUUACCAUGAAAGCAGUGGGCACAAUAACAAUGUCAGGGAUAACCUGUGAUCCUCAUGAGUCAUGACACAAGUUUAGGCCGGAGUGGAAAACAGACAACUUAGUUUGGAGGUUGAUUUAAUACAUGAAGCACUUUUGAUUUCACCUUCAGAACUUUAAAGGGUUAAAUUUAGUUUGAUCUAGUUUAGAUUAAAGCACAGGGGAUUGGUCAAAUAAUUGUUGGAUAGACAGACAUAAAAUUUAUUAACGCAAUUAUUAGGCAAAAGUGCUUUAAGUGUUCCUGAUUGUGGCUUUGGUGCCUGUCUUUUUCCUCCAUUAUAUUACAAUUUAUAGAUUAUUUGAUUGAAAGAAGGUCAAGAAUGCUUUCAGGAUACCCAACAGUGCAGAUAAACGUUUUUAAUGUUUUUAGAUGAACUGUACAUUAAUGAGCUCAUAAAGUAAAGAUAUAAAACUUAGAGAAAAGAGAUAAGGGAACUCACUUGCUGAAAAAAAGUAAUGAAAACAACUUAUUUAUCACUUGAUUAGUUUACUUUGAUUUAUUGACUGAGUCUUAUUUUUUUCUUUAGAGUUGACAAAAAAUAUUUGGGCUGCUGUUGUUCAUAAAAGUAUGUGUUGAAGCCGUCCUCAGUCCUCCUCAGUAACUCUUUAUAAGUUGCUGGUGAUAAAACCGUCAGCUGAUGACUUCCUAAAUGUAGUUCUGUGUGAUCUAUUUCGAAGCAAGAGUCAGCAGCGUUUUAUGAUAUCAUUCUGCUGUAAUCAAGAUGCCAUUGGAAGUAAUUAAUCCGGUAACACUUUACAAUAGCCAUGACUUAUAAAUGGUAAAUAGACCAUUUAUAAAUGGUGAGCAGACAGUUUUUAAUGUUUGAUCUUCAUUUAUAAAUAGCAUUUAGACCAUCAAUAAAUUGUAAAUGAUACCAUUUUAAAAACCUAACCCUAACUUCACAAUAACCAUCUAAGAAAUGUUUAUAGGUGGUUUAUAAACCACUUAUUAAUCAUUUACAAAGUAUUACAAACAUCAGUUGCAACUUUACAAUAACCAUCUAAGUAAUGUUUAUAGAUGGUUUAAAAACUUAAUAUUAAUAAUUUACAAAGUGCUACUAAUACACAUUUAAUCUAGAUGUUUUAUAACCAAUAUUUAAACCCUAUAUAAACCUUUAAUAAAUGUUCCAUUAAUAAUUAAUGAAAAUUAUUAAUCAUAAUUUCAUUGCUUGUUAAUGGUAAAGUAACUAUUAACUUACAUUAAUAAACUAUUUAUUUAUAAUUGGUCUAUAUCCUUUUUUUAAAUGAUGAUUACACAUUAAUAAACCAUCUAUUUACCAUUUAUAAUUUAUGGUUAUUUUAAAGUGUUACCAUUAAUCCUUAUUAGUACAAUAACCAAUAACCUACCAAGCAUCGAUUACAGUAUGAGAGACAUGACAAAGAAGAGACCUCACACUUGAAAGGAGAAAAUAACCCAACAUAAAAAAAACAAGAAUAAAGACAAUCAUGACAAACACGUGUAUCGUUAUGUCAGUCAGUAAUGUGUAAAACAGCUGACUGGAUGUCCACUUCCUUCCCCGUAGAUCUAGAGCUAAACCGUGAUUUUAACGGCGAGGACUACGAAUAUGAAGACGAGGCCAAGCUCGUUAUUUUUCCAGACCACUUCGAGAUCCCCUUACCAAAUAUUGAGGAGUUGCCCGCUUUGGUCAGUGAGUCGUUCCUGCAUGAGCUCUGUGUGUUUGGCUGCAUGUUAGUGGGAGGUUACACUCAGUGGUUCCCCUGUCUUUGAGCAGGCUUGUGAUUGAGGACGCAGAAAGCCUGAGAACGAACCCUGCAUUUCCAAAAUACGUGACUUAACCAUGUGUUGGAUAAGAGCUCCCCUUACAGUUUUAAUUUACUUUUUUUUCUCUCCUCGGCAAGAAAAGAGUCUGGGGAACCACUAGUGCACAAAUCACUUUUGACUUUGUUUGUCAUUGCUUGCAAUGGAGUCCAGGAGAUGCAUCGCUGUUCUGUUGUUUUAUAUCUGUCUGAGCAGUCUAAGCUUAUACAGUGAUAGGGUCACGCUUUUGGCAUGUCAUGGUGUUUGUGCAUGCUUAUAUUCACUUUUUGUUUGACACUGCCACGCUCAGUUUGCUUUUGCACUGCAGUAGCGAUAGAGUGCUGCUCUGUCCUGCUCUUGAUUAGCCUUGUAUGUUAACUGUUUUCCCUUGGUGUUGCUGUUAUGUGACUUACAAUUAUGGAUAAUUACAAGAAAUAUAAGGCUUAACAGAUGUAAGAUUAGCUGUUGUUUUAGAAAAAUGUGCUAUUAAAAACAUGCUUUUUGUCCCUGAGGGUCUUGUUAGAAAGUUGAAAAAGUUUUAAUUUGGCCUCACACACAGUAGCUUUGAGAAUUUAACUCUCUGUCUACUCUUUCCUUUGGUUUUCAGGUGACCAUCGCCUGUGACGCAGUGCUUAACGCACCAUCAGCCUACAAGAAACAGGAGCCUGAAUCCUGGGAGGAGGAGAUCCAGGUAUCCAGACAUGCCAGGAGUCUCAGACAGCUGGACAACGGGGUUAGGAUCCCACCCAGGUAUGACGGAUAUCCACCCUCACAGUGAGGGUCUUCAGUUUAUGGGAAGUUCCAGUUGUAUGUGUGCCGAGAUUUAUGUCGCUUCAACUUAAUCCACUUUAAUUUCAGAUAUUUCUCAGCAGAUUUGAGCUAUUUAAGAUUAUUAUUUAUUUUUCUCCUCUGUGAUUAUUCGGCUGUCAUUUUGUGAAAGUGAAGCUUUAUUGAGAUAAAAAUGAAUAGGAAAGAAAAUAAUCCUCUGCUACUAGCGAUGACAAAUGAUGUAGGAUUUCAGUAGCUGUUGAACCAAAACAAGUUGCCUGUUGCCUAAACACCUAAUCCCCACAGCACUGCUUGACUCCUCAGGCAGUCUUUUAUAUCGCCUGUGGCCACACAACUGUUGCAAAAACAACCCACUUUGAAGCAUUUUCCUGUGAUGUUAGUUAUUUGCUUCAGUUGCUGUUUUAACUAAAAUGAGUUGUACGGUUUGCAUGCAGACUGGUGGUAUAUAUUUUAAUUCAGAUUCAAAGUAAAAAAGACUCAUAAAGCAAUCUCUGUAUUCUUGCUCACAGCGGCUGGAAGUGUCAGAAGUGUGAAAUGAGAGAGAACCUGUGGCUGAACCUGACGGACGGGGCGGUGCUCUGUGGGAAAUGGUUCUUUGAUGGGAGUGGAGGAAACGGACAUGCCCUGGAGCACUACAGAGAGACCAACCACCCCCUGGCUGUCAAACUAGAUACCAUCACACCAGAUGGAGCAGGUCUGAUACACCUUUGUGAAACCAGAACUCAAGAUCGUACAUGGUUUUUGGGAUCAACAUUUGCCACAAGUCAAAAACUCAUCUGUCUUAAUUUUCUACAGUUUAUUGUGAAUUUAUUUCACAACUACGUGUUUUUGGAUAGCAUUUAUGCAGUAUCUAUUUCAGUAAAACUCUUUAUCCACUACUGAGUUUCUUAUUUUAGCUUGUAUUUGCUCUUGGAUUGAAUUUUUGAGCCUCAUUUUGUGAUCAAAAAUGAGGCUGAAAACUGACUCUCCACAGAGUUUCACUGAGGUAAACAUAGCCUUGCCUCACAGAACAUGGUGUAAUGUACUUGCUGACCCAAGAGUUACAAAUAUAAAUUUGAGGCUAAAUUCGAUAUCUGAAGUUAUAUAUCUCAAGUCUGGCCUAUCAUAUUAGUUUACGGAUCUUUUGGUUUCAGAUGUCUACUCAUUCGAGGAGGAGGAGGCUGUGUUGGACCCGCACAUAUCAGAACAUUUGGCACAUUUUGGGAUCGACAUGUUACAGAUGCAGAAAAGAGUGAGUUCCUUUUUGGCUUACAGCAAACGAAAAUAAACAAAGUCAAAACACUCGGCCUCCACUGUGAAGGAUUCACACGGGUCUCUCUCUCUCUCUCUCCCACUCCAGACAGAAAAUGGUCACCACACAGACAAUAACGCCCGGCCGCGGGUCAGUGAAUGGGAGGUGAUCCAGGAGUCUGGUAUGAAGCUGAAAGCAGUGUUUGGUUCUGGUUACACUGGCAUCAAAAACCUGGGAAACAGCUGCUACCUCAGCUCAGUGAUGCAAGUCCUCUUCAGCAUCCCAGACUUCCAGAGGAUGUGAGUGCAUUCAACUAAAUGAAAAGAAAACACAACAUAACUAUAUUUCUAAUCAAGUAGAACCAUUUUCUACAUCAUGUAUUUUUAAUAUUAUACAUGUACAGUAUAUUUAUCACAUAAAAGAUUCAUAAACAGCACAAAACAAUGGCACUUUGAGCGUUGAGGAAUGUUGUUCACGGGGACAACACAACUUGGUUAAUUUCAUUUAGCUAUCUUUGCCGGGGAUAGAAGUAAAAGCAAACAUUUUUGGGAUAUUUAAAGAAAACUUUGUUACAUCGGCAAAAAGAUGUUUGUUUCACGAGGACUUGUUUUUGUGUUGUGUCCUGUCUGCUCCAUCUGAGGAGAGUGUGUGACUUGUAUUUUGAUCCCCAGGUAUGUGGGUAAUCUUCAGAGGAUAUUUGACUAUUCACCCCUUGACCCCAGCCAGGACUUUGCCACACAAAUGUAAGUGGCUCCAGUGUUACAUUAUGCACGUCACAAAAGCAAGUGUUGUUUUUUUUCCCUGCUGUCGUAUCCUCAGCUAAAAAUGGUUGAGGCUAUGUCAUGAAUUAUCCACAUGAAAAUUGUUCGUGACGUUAUUAUUGUUUUUUAUUUAACCAGGUUUGUCUCAUUGAGAUCCGAGAUCUCUUUUGCAAGAGAUGUGUAAGAUAAAAUUUACACACUUAAAAAUUUUUAGAUGCCAGUGAGUAAUGAAAUAUAAUACGCAUAUUUUGUCAGGCUAACACCCCUCCCCUUAAUCAUUCUGGUGAAAGGUGUUGCAUUUUGUUAUGCAACACAGUGUGUUGCAAGAGGGCAGUGAUGCUGUGGCUGUGUUGAAAGGUAAGAAGGGCUUAGGCAAGACAGGCUGCAAGUAUCAGUUAUGUAUAGCAACAAACACUUCAUAUUUUGAAGCACAUCAACAAAUGAUCACGUGUAUAACCAUCAGUGUUUGCAUCGGGUUAAAUCUGUAAAAACAUUUUGAUUGUUUUGACAGAAAAUCCUUAAUCCUACUCCCUAAAGCAUGACAGAGAACAGGAAUGUUGAAUCAGAACUAUCUUGUAUCCUGUAGCUAAUUUAGGUAUUUCUUUGCCUCCAUAAGGUAAAUGGUUUUAGAUAGACACUGAAUUUAGACUAACAAUACAGCAGUUAUUUAAAAGUCACAAUUAAUAAUGUCCACAGUAAUUUUUAGAACCAUGUGGUUAUAAUUUGAGAAACAAUAUCAGGUUUAAUCUCUGCUGAACUUUUCCAUUUUGAUAGAUAAGUUGUAUUUUGAUAGAUAAGUUGUAUUUUUUAUUUUUUUUUGCAUGAUAUUAUUUUGUAUGUUAUUUUGGUAUUUUAAGGAUUUCUUUGGUAGUAAUUAAAUUCAUGAAAAACAUGCUCAUCUAAGAAAAAAGGAUGAUUUCUUCAACAUUAAGAUGAUGCAUGUUUACUAAAGAUUCAUUGUGUCAUAUAUAGGCUUAUAUACCAAUACAUAAUGAACAACUGAAGGCUUAUAAAGAUGCAAAAUAAACUUAACAAGAAUCUUUGACAAAUCUAUCAGUCAUAGUUCUUUGGGGAUUUAUAUAAUACACCCCUCCUCUCUUUCAUCAGUAGACUUUCCUUUAGGGUCGGAUUGGUACACUUGGAACUCCAAAAUGGGACCAAAAAGUAGGACGGUCCAAAUCGGUUACUUUGGUUCCCUUCCCAACAUUGGAAAUGCAAAUCAUUACACAGAAGGCUUAACUAAACAGAAUCGUACUGCUUGGUGGAAACACAGCUACAGACUGCCAGUAAGUUUAUUCCUAUGUUUCUAUCUGACAGGGCUAAAGUGGGACACGGACUGCUCUCAGGCCAGUACUCCAAACCACCCAUGAAAUCUGAGCUCAUUGAACAGGUGAUGAAAGAAGAACACAAGGUAUUAAACUGGGUAUGUCCAGCGCCCAAACUGGGUCUAUAACUGACAUUAGCAUGUUGAUAUUUAGUGUUAGCAAAAAUGACUUUUUUCAUAUAACCACCAAAUCUUUGAAAUUUUAAAGAAGCUUCAGCUGUUCAGCUUCACAAUACAAACAUGUAAUGUCCUCAUCCAGUGAGUCGAUGUUAUCAAGCUGUGUUUUAAGAAUAUUAAUUUUUUUAGAGAUAUUACGUUUUUUGGUGUGAGCAAACUUGUGCGGCUGCUGUCCAAUAUGUACAAAUGAAGUGGUUUAUGUAACAGCUCUAGAACUGUGCCUUGUUUUCAUUUCUUACUAAACUGAUUAAUUUAGUCACCAAAAUGUGCUCUGAUUAUUUAUUGAUUGAUCCAAGACUUUUUUUUUUCUAUUUUUUGAUAUUUUGAACAGCUUGAGUUGAUAGUUUGUUUUUUGUCAAGUUUUGCUUUACAGUUUGUGUGCUCAGAAAUUUGCUCAGAGAUAAAUACAAAGUGGGCUACCACUGCAGGAGUAUGUUGAGCACAACUCAAUGAGUGUGGCAAACAUACCCAGUAAAAAGCUGUCUAUUUUUAAAAGUUUUCAUCUCAAACAAGUAAAAAAGAGUUUAUAAAUGUGCACAGAAAUCUUACAAAGCUGAUGGUGCCUGCUAAAGACACAUCAAGACCUUCUGCUUCCUUUUAUUUUCAAAGCUAACUGGCUAGUUUAAGCUAACCAAUGAAACUUGCAUGGCUUUUAUUUUCUUAGCUAGCUAGUAAAUGUCGAUCCAAACAAACGAUUCACUGGACAGGUACUUGGUGAGCUCGCACCUUUGUGGUCAUGCUUUUAUUAUUAGUUUUUUUAACGCUCAAAUAUUCUCAUUCCAGCACCAGCAGCCAGGCGUCUCCCCCAGGAUGCUGAAGGCCUUGGUGAGCAGGGGACACCCAGAGUUUUCCUCCAACAGACAACAAGAUGCUCAUGAGUUCCUCCUGCACAUCGUCAACCUGGUGGAGGUGAGCAAAAAUAACCCUUUGAUUGGGAUUUUGACAGUGCUUUAAGUAUAGCUUCGUGAUUUCAGUGACCUCCUGGCUUUUUAUAGGAGAUUUUCCUCUUUGACCAAAAUUCUGUCCGUCACAAAGUUCCUCAAAACAAGACUUAAGCUGAUAUUUGGUAGGCAAUACUGGGCUGAUGUGGUUCUGUGACAGGUUUAUCAUCCUCAGUUUGUAUUUUAUUGUUCCUUAAACCUGAAAACUGGCUCAAAUUCACACAGCUCUGUGGGGUUUAAUGUGUUUUUACAUCAGGAGGUCCAUCCAUGUCUAUUGGCAUGUGGAAUACACUCAAAAGUUUUUUAAUUUUGAGAGGUUUUCUGUACAUCUGUAUCUGCGGGUUUGACGCUGUGGAGAGAAGGAUCUCUCAUCCAUCAAUAAAUGCCUCCUCUCUCCUGGUGUCUCCUCCUUGGGUCUCUCUACUAAUGCCUUGAUGAGAGGAGCUGAGACAUAAGGAAACAAGCCAAGUGGAGGAUCCAAGGAGACAAAUAAAAGUGAAAAAGACAAAGACAGACAGGUGGAGGAGGCACAAGGGAGCAGAAAAAUCAAAGGAUCACCGCCAGAGCUGCCACAGUUUCUGAUAGUAUCAAGAAUCUGUGAUUUUUUUUCUCCUCUUGAAAUUGGCAUCAGUAUCAGAGUCAAAACUCCCCCAUAAGUCGGACAGCUGCCUCUUAGAAAAAAAACAUCCAAACAUGCUCUCAAGAAAUGUCUCGGUUAUGUCUGACCUACGGUGUACACGGACAGCUUGUUGUUUGGAGGGGGUCUGUUUUCGUGCAUACUGUCUCCUAGGUUGAUACAUACACAUGAGGUGCUCUGACAUGUCUUUCUCAACUGGGACAUAUAAAUAGCUCAGAGCUAUCUGUUACACAGGGGGCCAGAUAAUACCUUCUAUUCUGCCUCUGCAACAACCAGGACCAAACACUUCAACCUAACCCAGCCAGCAAAACAAACCAUCAGGACUCUGAGCGGGGGUGACCUCUUUAUUGUAUAAAGUAACCUCACAUCUCAUCUCCUUGAACUGAGUUUUCUGUCUCCCACUCUUUCAGUCCACUCUUGUACAGCUGUCUCUGAACGAGACCGGUUUAGUUAUGCAGACGCAGAUAACGUGACUAAAACCAAAACCGUCAGCAGCAUUUUCUUCCAUCUGUGUCAGCCUGCACACUCGCCCGCUAUAACUUGUGUAUUUCUGUAGCUUCUUAGAAUAGACUGGCUGGGUUGCAGAAAGGCUGUAGUGCAAACUUGUGCGCCGAGUGGCUAACCAGCCUCCAUUACAGCCUUCAAAUAAACCCGAUGUUAACUUUAAUGACCCCUGCUGUUCAUGAGCAGAGCCCACACAGAAUCAGUCAGAGAAAAGGAUUAAUGUGUCUGUGACUCAAACAGAUGUUACUCUCUCAGUAAUGACGAGAGGAGGGGAGGGUUAGUUCAGGCAGCUCUAAAAUUAAAGAACUGCAUCUUCAUUAUGAAUGACUGUAUAAAGGGAUCUGGGUCAAACAGCAGUUGUGUGAAGUAAUGCCAGGAGACUGUAAUAGACCUCAGCAAAGAAUAACAUAAAGACAGAGAUACAUUUCACAGCUAAGUCUGUCAUGUGUCAUGAGCUUUACAUGCUUAUGGUACGUAUGAAAGCAGACAUAUGUAGUUUAAAAUAACUUUGAUUCAAAGGCUAUUGUGAGUUAGUGUAACCUUUUAUCCUUAUGUCUUACAUUUGAACAACUAAAAGUCAGUCACACCUCUGAAUGUAUUAACUACAUGAUUACAAUGUGAGGAAUGGAUGGACAGGACAAAUGACAGGAUGUGUGUUAUUAUGGUUUUCUUUUGCUCCUUUGGAAAAAAAAGUUAAGUGAUAAAAUACUGAAAAAUUCACAACAAAAAACAGUCUUUUUGCAAGACCUCAAAUUUAUCUGUAUUGGACAUCUUUGUUAAAUAAUACUCCGUACAUAAAAAUGUCGCCCAACACUGUGAUUUCUAUCCACUGUAAAUCAAACUCACGCUCUUUACUCUCCCUGUUUGUCGCUGGUUUAUUUCAGAGGAACAGCGCAGGCUCUGAAAAUCCAAGUGACGUCUUCCGCUUCAUGGUGGAGGAGCGGGUCCAGUGCUGCCAGACACGUCGGGUUCGUUACACUCAGCGGGUUGACUACUGCAUCCAGCUGCCAGCGCCCAUUGAGGCUGCCACCAAUAGAGGUAAAAAAGCUCCUGCACAAAUUUACAUCACAUUUUUUGUAGCUGUUUAGAUGAGACAGUGCUGGGCUUUGGUGGCAUUAGCUGAAGGUGUGACUGUUAAGGGCUCAGACUGUGAGCUCUGGAGUUCACCAAAUAAUCUUGGUUUGACAGAUUUGACAAGUAUAACCAAAGGUAAUUGGGUAGGUAUGUUGCAUUGCUUUUUUUAUCGGGACAUUUUUGAUUAUAUGGUCAUCAAGUAUUGCCAGCAUCUCUCUUGAACCGUUCAUAAAUGCCUGAAGAAUUUUACUCAUACCAAAACCUGCUCUCUGCUUUUUUAUACCUAUUGCCUGAAGGCUGAGUUUUUCCAUGUGUGUUUUUGUACCACUAGAGGAGCUGUUGGCAUAUGAGGCCAAGCUAAAAGAUGCUGAGGAGAACAUGCGAGCUCCUCCUGAGCCGGUGAGGGCACGGAUUCCUUUCACUGCCUGCCUUCAGGCCUUCACAGAGCCGGAGAACGUCCCAGACUUCUGGAGCUCAGCGCUGCAAGCCAAGUCAGCUGGAGUCAAGUAAGUGAAGGGCCUCUCGUUCCUGGAUCUAAAAACCGUAUUUCACUCAUUUAAUGUUUUUUUCAUCACCUUUAAAUUUUCUGAAUUGAAAACCAGGCUGUACAUGCAAGUGUUGUACUCCUAGCCUCUAAAUUCCCUUUUAAAAAAUGGUCUUUAUUUUCCUUCACAGAACUUCCCGUUUCGCUUCCUUCCCAGAGUAUCUGGUUUUGCAGGUCAAGAAGUUCACUUUUGGUGUUGACUGGGUGCCAAAGAAAUUAGGUAACCGUCUGUCGCUCUUCACUGAUCCAAAGGAUUUAAAAUGUGUUUCUCCUGCCCUGAAAGCCGUGCCUCAGUUUGAGUAUUUUUAGUUUCAUAACUGUCCAGCAGAGGGCACCAUAAAACUACAACUUACAACACGUGUACUGUGUACAGUAUGAGCUGCCAAAGUAAAUGUAGUAACCUUAAUGGCCAAGACAACUAAAUACAGAUAUUAGGUUUUUAACUCCUUCUCUACUAAGUCAAGUUGUGUUUUGUGAGAGAGUGAGGGGAUUCUUUCUCAACUAGUGAAUACAGACGUGAGUGAUGAUUGAAUGUGUCCACAAGUAACUUAGUUUGAUGGGUUUUUUCAUUUCAGUCACAUUGCAAGAAUAGAAUUUUAUUAAUUUAAACCCAACUUUAUCGGCCUGAGCUUCCACUUGUGUGUCAGGUUUUUCAUCCCUCAGCAGGAGCUGGGCAAGAACUAAAAAUAUGUGCACGGCAACAAAUACCCGCACAAAUACAACAGAGGCGACUUAUGUCCAAGUGUCUUUUUACUGUGCAUGAUGAUGCGCUCUUUUGCUCACUUUUAUAUUCAUCUACACACCUGUACAGACUUGCUCAUAGAUGUCCCAGACUUCCUGGAUCUGAGCCGGAUGCGAGCCACCGGGUUGCAGGCGGGUGAGGAGGAGCUUCCUGACCUUAUGCCCCCCAUUGUGCUACCUGAAGACACCAGAGGUACAGAAUCCAAGUCCUUUUAUGCCAAAGGAAGUUUCAGAUGCAAUUAUGUGCUGGCACAUGCUUACAAAAGAGUAUUUUGACAGACAUAUCAGUGCAGCAAGUGUAGGACAACUAGUGCCACAAAGAGGACAUUUGGCAUCUUGCCUCUUUGACUUAAUUUGAUAAAUUCUGCUGUUUUUAGAUAAGAUACCACUUCACUUAUGUCAACCAAAAUUUACAGAGAAGAAUGAUCUGGUCACAAAAUCUCCCAUGACUCACCUACAGUGGUUAAACAUGCAGAUUUUCAUUCAUUUACUCGUUCACUUUCCCAUAUGAAUUUCAAAGGAUGAAUUUUACGCUUGUGUUUGUUUUUGACCCAGAUAGCUUCAAGUAUUUUGUCUAUUCUAGUUGCCUUCAUGAGCUUUUUGAAAUACUCAAAAUACCAUUCAUGAAAGGAAAACAGUCACAUCAUAUUGUAGCCAAUAAACAGUCAGUACAAUGUUGGUCUGAAAGUUACCUGAAGGUGCGUUGCUCCACAGCUGCUGCUUGACAUCCUUUUCAUCAGGUGGUGGAUAUUUUUUUUUGUCUGAGAGACAAAUGAUCCAUGAAAUUGUCUUUAAUAUGAUGUUCUGCUCGAAGCCAGUCAAGUUUUCUCUUAAGGGCAUAUUGAAUGGGAUCCCAGGGGACGGGCAUGCUUCAUCAAUUACUGAAAAGUUGUUGUGUUCAUACUGGCUGAGCCUGAUAAGUUUUAAUGAUUUUAUGAGAUCCUGUUGGAGUGUAUUUCCCUUGACUCUAUGAGAAACAGGCUAAAGGGUAGUGAGUGUCUUUUAAUUUGCUGUUACUUUUUCUCAUAAGAUAGUGUGCCAGCUGUUAUUCUAGUAUAAACUCUAUACAGAGCAGUUUUUUCUGCCACCUACUGUACCUCUGCUUCCUCUGUGAUUCGUGAUUCUUCUCCCUCUAUUCCUCCUUCUGUUGUUUGCAAAGUUCAACUACAUCAACUUAUCAGUGUCCCCCUUAAUAUUUUAGCAGGCGUGAAGCACAAAGUGUUCUUUACUGUCUCGAGCUCCAAACACAACACACAGAGAGGGGUCCAAAGAGCAUUCCAAAAGCACAGUAGCAUCUGCAAGCAGGCUGUGCUGGGCUUCACACAUUGACAGACUUGGGAGGAGUUUUUCUUUUUUUCUGAGAGCUUUACAGAACCGUUUAGCCAGCUGCUUCUCGAGACAAGAAACUCUGAGGACAAAACUGGAGUCUGAACAUGUUUGUCUUAGUGUGCCUUAAUAUUUUAGGGCUGAACGUUACAUGCUGCACUCGCUAUCUGAGGUCUCCAAACGCAUGGAGUGGCUUCCUGAAAGAGUGCAGCAUCGACUAAAAACUCUGCAGAGUUUGCACAUUAAAGAAAUACAUGUCUAAAACUUACAACAGCAGCAUACAGCUACACUGAACAGCUGCAGUAAACCGGUGCAGAAGAUUGGUUUAAUGUUUCUUGUACAUUGACAUUUAGAGAUGGUGGAGUAACUACUGUUUUAGCUUCCUAUAUACCACCGGUCCAUUAUCUGGGCAGUGACCGAUCAAUGGUCACCUUUCUGUCCCCAUUAAGCUUCAGUGCUUCUCAAUGGUCACACAGAACCACACAAACGUGUAUUCCUUUAAGUACGCUGCUCGAAUCACGUCACGAGUAUCAUCUAUUCUCUCUAUAAUCCCUGAUGGUUUUUACUGGCAUACGUACUCAAUAAUCUAGACAACAAACUGCUUAAUGAAAAAAGAAGCUCACUUAAAGAUUAAACACAAUGAUCGUCACAAGGGGUUAAAAAAUGAAAUCUCAGGAGAAGUCAUGGCCAGACAUGGUCAACAGGUGCAGAAUGGACAAGUGUGUUACAUGGGAGCCAAUAUAGUUGUAAACUUUGCCAAAAGUUCUUAGUCAUACCAGAGCAGUGAGACUUAUUUUUGAAGUUACAUGGUCUUGCUUGAGUUUUGUUAUUAUUUCAGUAAAUUUUUAUCUUGCAUUGGUAAAUUCCUUUAUUAAUUUUCAACUUAACUAAGUCCCUCACAGCUGAUAAUAGUCGCCUUGGGACUGUUGGAUAGGAUAAUCGGGUGAUGCCAACCGAAAAAUUUCACUCGUCUCUGUUUUGAUUUACAUUUUAUCUCCAAAUGAUUUCAUAUUCUAUUAUGUGAAAGUUCCCAAAACAAGUGAAGUAUUUGAUUCAGUGUGUGCGCCCUUCACCUGAAUGAAGUUUUUUCUUCUUUUUCAGAUAACUCCAUGGGCUCUCUCGACUGUAAGUGUAUUUUCAUUCACUCUGUCUGAAUUACACAAACAUUUUAAAUUUAUAUUAACGUCAACCUUCAAAAAUAUAUAUAUGUUAUGGGCAUCAAGUAAUAGUGAUGAAUACCCCGGAGUUUAAAUGUGUCCAUGUCUGCACGAGCAGGCGCAGCAGCUGCUCUUAACUUCCGAACCAACUUUACUUUUGCAUGUGGCUCUGCCCGUUUUAGCAAGACUCAUUUCUUUCCAUGAUGAAUUAUCCCUCGAUGAAGAAAUCUCCCCGGGGCUGAUUCUCUGCUGGUCUCUUUGUUUAAUGAGGCCCAAAGAGAGAGAUAGAGAGAGCCUCCGCGUAACUUGUUUGGUUGUGUAGAAAGUUAGUGUUGAAUCAGCAGCGACUGUGUUUUAGUUAUUGAUGUGAGUUUAUCUUUUCCCCAGCUCCAGAAAUAGACGAGGGGGCAGUAAUGCAGCUGGCAGAGAUGGGCUUUCCACUCGAGGCCUGCAGGAAGGCGGUCUACUACACAGGCAACAUGGGCCCCGAGAUGGCCUUCAACUGGAUCAUUGCCCACAUGGAGGAGCCUGGUAAGGACACGCAACUGUAUUCAAUGGGACAUGAUGGAAAUACACAAUUUCAACUCUAUACAUCAGGGCUUUUAUUAGCAUGAACAAAGGAAGAGACGUGCACUCACCUACAGCCGUGUAUUUGAAAGAGAAAAAGGCUUUAACAGAAGGAUAAAGAAAAACCUUCGACUAUACUCUAAGGCAGGGGUUCUCAGCUGGUCUCAGUCUGGGACCCACAUUUUCCCAUGGUACUUAAGUCGUGACCCACCUUUAUAGAAUUCAAACCAAGCAAAUUUAUUUUUUAUAAAAACAAAAACCUUUAAAGACUCUAAUCUUCAACAUAAAUACACUUGUUUUAUUGAGUAAAGUGCAUUUCAGAGCACAUGAAGGGGAAAACAAGAGGACGACAACUACUGAAGCUGCAUAAACAGAAAAUAUCAAAUAUCUAAUAAAUAUCGCAUUAAAUAUUUACUUUUUUGACUAGCUGUUUGUGACCCAUCCAGGACGUGUCCAUGACCCACUUUUGGGUCGGGACCCACCAGUUGAGAAACACUGCUCUAAGGGGUAUGUUUAAGUCUUGGUCCAUAAUCUUUGUCUGCCAAAAUUCUAGUAAUCUGAAGAACCUUAAAACAUUUAUUUAAUAAACAGAUAUUAUACGUCAGUCCAUAUGAUUUAUUUUUAACCUGUUGGUUGGUUUCAAGUCUAAUUAGUUUUUAAUUUGAUUUUUCUUGCAUUUUAAUUUACUAGUUAAGGUUAAGUGUAAUACUAUAUACUAUACGAUCACUAUAGUGUCUGUUUCUGUUAGGGCCCGACAGGAAAGGUCAGUUUUUUUCCCUAUAAGAGGAGCAAUCAAGCACAGACCUGAGCUCCUCUGAUUCUGAUCGCCUUUCCUGUUCAGUGAAAAUGAACCGACAUGCUCAGAGUGUCACAGAGGUUGUAUGUGGCUACAGCCAUGUAGUCAUAUACAACCAAAAAUCAAUAAAAAGGUCAGAGGAUCUAAUUCAAUCCAAAUUUAAUUAAAAAGUAAAGUUCAACAGUUCAUGACAGGGGUCUUGUAAUCAAAAAUAGUGGAGACAAAAUAGAAAUGAAUAAAUAGGGCUUGGGGGAUUGUCUUACAUGUGCGUUGAGGGUAAAAAAGGUAACAGUAACCCGGAGCAACCAAAAAUAUACUAGUGACAAAUAAUCACAACAGCAGCAGCUGCACUGACAGAGCCCCACUUCUCAAUAAGCUGACUUCACAGACAAAAGGUGAACACUGGGUUUGAGUUCAGGGGUAAUCAAUAAAAAAUAAAAACACAGUAAUAAUGCUUCUUCAAAAGGAAACACAAGCAGUCACACAGUGUUUUUCUGUUAUCCUGUAAAAUCACAUGAUGUGUGUAGGGCUCAGUUUUCUGGAAAACACUCUGACGCUGCUAUUCUGCCAAAAACAUUUCUGUGGUGAGUAUCCGUGUAUACAAAGCCAGGCAUGUUUAUUUCUGUGGGACCUUUAGACUCCAAGGUAAUGCAAAGUGAAAGAGGCGCCACUUCUCUCUUUCUGCUAUUACAGUCUAAGUCACUUUUCCAAGUGUCAGACUCCUCGUCUCUUUGUGUACUGCAGGUGUUUAUCUCUAUAUGUCUCAUCACUACUAACUCCAGUCAGAGCUGACCUUGUCUCUUGUAGAUCUUGCAGCAGCAGAAACGUUCCCCUGGGGCUUUGACUCUGGUCCUUUUCUAUUUCUCUGCUUGGCUGUAAAGGGCCUCUAGAGCGGAGGGGAAUAAGUGCAGCCAAGUGCUGCUUUUAAAUGAGCCUAAUGCAACUUCAAAAUGAGCUGCAUUCAGCCUCAAUAACAUCAGGAAAACAGUCCUGAGGCACAAAGGUUACUUCUUCUGCCUCUCCCACAUUUGUCAGCUUUCAUAACUGUCCUAUUGCCGUCACUUUAACUCAUUCUUUUAUAGAUAAACUUUGUCCUUGAACCUUUAAAGAUGCACAACCACAUAACAGUUUUUCUUGAUUUGAUCUGCAGAGCAUUGCAUUUACCAGGAGCAGCUAAUGGAACCAGAGCUUUAACUAUCAUAUAAUACAUAUAAUUAAUCUUUGGUGAAUUUGGUUAAAGGGAAAAAAUGAGCCAAUUAACAAGGCAUGAAUUCAUAUAAAUAUCACAAAUGUCGGUGACCCUUUCUUUUAAGGUACACUUAUUACCAAGUAAUUAACAGGUAAUUACCUAGUAACAACAUGAAAUUAUCUGGUAAUUACAUGAUAACUACUAAGUCAAUACUGUCUUGCUACCAGGUAGGUAACCUUCCAUCAUUAUACAAAUUUGAAGCUGAAUUGUUCUGGUAUUUUCUGGAUUUUCUCUGCUUCGUGGAACCACCACUUGCGCAGUAGCAUUGUACACAUUCGGCUGGUGAGUCGCUGUGAUAAUGCUCGGCUCAAACAGCGUAUCGCUUCGCAAUCUUCGCACGCCCAUCAUAGAAAAUAAGAACCCCAAAUAGCUUUUGAAAAUGGAGCUGUACAGAAAAAAGAAAAAAAAAAAAACAAGACAGUAAUGACUUAGUAGUUAUCAUGUUAUUACCAGAUAAUUUCAUGUUGUUACUAGGUAAUUACCUGGUAAUUAGCUGGUAAUAAGUGUAACGUAAAAGAAAGGGUUACCCAAAUUUGUGUUUAAAGCCUGUGAUCAAAAUCUGAUAGUUUGUUAUCACAGAAGUGGCAUAAUACCAAUCUCAGUAACUUCCAUUUAAACCUUUUGAAGAGUGAAAAAAGGAUUGCAGUUCACUUAAGAACAUAAAAAUAGAUUUAAUCGCAGGCUGUUUUCUGAAUUCAUUACAACUAAUGUCGAUUUCCUCCUUGUAGACAUACGUACCCCCUAACAUCAGUGAGAACAGAUACAGUUUCCGGAAAGACAGAAAAUGUCGAGGCUCCCUGCACUCUUUGAUGAAGUUAGUUUUUAUGUAACAGUGAUGUUUCAAGUCUGAAUUAUUAAUGGAGGAGCUAGUUUCUCCUAUUUUCAUAAUGAAACUGCACUUCUGUACUCUAAGAGGUUUGAAAUUUUCUAGCACUCAAUUUUCACAAUAGAGCAGCAUAUAAUGCUGGUCUGCUGCAGAUCCUUCUGCCUCCAUAGGUUUAAAAAUAAAGGAGUUCAUCGUCUGAUUAUUAUUCUCUGCCCCCCCCCCCCCCUCUCUCUCCUGUUCUCUAUUUCUAUUUUCUCAGACUUUGCAGAACCUCUCCUCCUGCCCUCCAUGAUCGAUCCAGGUCCCUCCACCAGUGAUAGCCCCAUGGGUGCCACCCCGCUGGGCAACUCGCCCCCAGAGGAAAGCAUCGCCAUCCUCACUUCCAUGGGCUUCCCCCGCGCUCACAGCAUCCAGGCACUCAAAGCCACGGUCAGUCUGCCGCCAGCUCGGUUCAUUAUUGAACUUUGUGUACCAAUGAAUACACCCUUUCCUUUCCUGGCAGCUUUUUUUUCCUUUGAUUGUUUAGAGUCAGAUGAGUCUGUGUCAUCAUGAACAGUCAUGUCUUCAUUGUUUAUUAAUAGGCACUGCUUAUGAGUUUCUGCUCUGAGUGCCUGGCUGUAAAAUACAACAUAUUCUCCUGUAAUUAAUCUCCUCUGUUCUACUUAAAUUAUGCUCUGCAGUUGCAAACUCAUUUUUCUUGAAUGAUAGAAAGGGUAGAGCAGCUGCUGUGGGAACUAAUGGUCACCAAGCCUGAUCCGGCACAAACAAAAACCCCGCUCCCAGAAAGUCUGACUUCUGGAGAUGUUGUGCGGUCUUUGUUCUGUGACUCAGAGAAACAAUGAAGAGUUAAAAAAAAAAAAAAGAGGAAAAAGUCAGGAGAAAACCUGAGGACAAAGGAGCACCCACACAGUUACAUAAUUUUUCUCUGGGCCGUGCAAUACAAAGACACCUCAGCAGUGACCGCCUGACACCACAGAAAAAUAGAGGACUGACCCGGGCGGUGGGAAACAAAAAGCCCGAGCAGAUCACGACGGAGCAGCAGGUCGGAGGGAGAAUGGUGGAGUUUUUGAAGAGGGCAAAGAAAGGGUGAGAUGACGCAACCCUGGCUCUGUCAGUCAGGAGUGGGCUUGGCUGGCCUACUUGUUUGCUUUCCAGACUGCAAAUUUAAUAGGUCUUACAUGUCAGAGUGAUUAAAGAUGUCUGCGCUACAUGCUGUUUACAAAUAGUGCCAGCAGCCUUUGAGGUUUAGGAACAGUAUCUGCCUCUCUCUGAUGAAAAGUCAUUUUAUCAUUACAUUUUAUAAGUGCUCUACAAAAGUCCCUAUUAAAUCCAAAGGAAUGAAAUAAGGACACAGAUGUAUCAGGGUCGAUGUAAUAACACGGCUCUUGAUUCUUGCAUUUUAUAUUUUGUAUAUCUGACUGUCCCUUAAGCAAAAAUAACUCAACAGACUUUUUUGGGACAAAGACCAGUGCCCAGUUUUCAGAGAGCAGAGUUAGUGCAACCCCCGAGCUUGUAAACUUUAAAGUGAGGGACUUUUAGUUUCAAACUCAAACUUGAGAAAGAGGGAUAACUUAAACUCUGAGUCAGUUACUAUGGUGACUUGGUUCUGGUGUGUUGAAAGUUCUUUAAAAAAUUGUAACUUGCUGUAUGGUUGCUGUACUUGCUGCGCAUGGGAACUUCUCAUUCCACAGGGGUGAAGCAAGUGGACCUCUCCUGUCAGCUGUUUCAUGGAUGGGCGCUCCGUCUGUGUUGUCUUUUUAUAGUCAUUGUGCACCUGCUUAACCCUGACUGAACCUACUCAGAGUUGAUCAAACUCACUCAAACCAGCUGCUCUGAAACUGAAAACCCAGAUUUUACCAUCUGAGAGUAAAUCAAACCAGAGUUUAAGGUUAGGCUCAGAGACUUUUGAAUGUCCUGUCUGAAAGCGUCCCUUCCUUCAGUCCUCGCCACAAAAUUCCAUUCAAUCCACGUGGUUGUUGAUGUGAAAUAAAAUGCACACAUUGUCCCCAAGAGGGGGUUGGAGAUGUGAAGCAAAGAGGGAUUUUACAGCUGGUGUAUUAUUAGCUCUGAAUCAGGAGAGCACGUUUUUUUCAACCUCAUCGACCUGAUUGGGUGAGACAGAAAAAGCAGCCACAUUUGCCAGUCUAAAGGCAGAUGUUAUCCAGGAAUCACACCUCUAUUUUAGAUUAAAAGCAAACGUCCUCAGGGGGGUUUAGCACAAAUGGACGCCUGCCACCUCCCAGAUAAAUGUUGCCCGUUCUUAAUUAUUUUUGGCAUCGACAGUUUUUCGAGCUUCCUACAGAGAUGAGACGGAAAAAAACAACUUUAAACAUGAAAAUGUUUCUCCCUUGACUGUCUUUUUGUCCCACAUGCAUUAUGUUUGUGGGGAUUGUGUUUACUUCAUAUAUUUAUAUAGCUUCAGAUAUUUCCUGUUGCGAAUAGUGCUUCUUUUAGCAAGUGACGAUUCAUUAACUACCCACUGAGCAAUAGAUGUCUAGUUUUUUUUUAGACCUCAUUUCAACCGUCCAGAUUCUGUAUAUUUUUAGAUUGAAUUUAGACGUUGCACUUUAACCCAUAAUUCGAUAACUAUUUAUCUCAAAAAGCAACUGUGAGUUGCAUAACUGAUCUCCAAGUACUGAACCAAAACAAUAAUGAUUGUCGUUGAGCAAAAUACAGCGUAGUAUAGAUAUAGCCCAGAUUUAGACUGGGUCCAAACUUGGUCUAAAUUUAGACGUCUAAGAAAACUUCGAUUGUUAGACCUGUGGUAGCCUGAUUUUAGACCAGUCGUCCAGGCUACAUUUAGACGUCUAUUAGACCUCUUCUAGGCCAAAAAAUGCUCAGAGGGUAGCAUGUUUGGGAUCAGCAGAAAAACAUUUCAAUAUUUGUAGAGAAAGAGCAUACUGUAGAUAUAAGUAUAACAGUUUUAGAACUGGUUUUAAUCUGUGUAUGAUUCUUAUAAAAUGAAGUUGUGGAUAAUACUUCUAUAUUCCUAUGACCCUAUCGAUGUAGUGUUAGUUACCCUGUGAUCAUAAGUUUGAGCAAAAACUCAGUCGAUUUAAAAAAAUGUUGUUUCAGAACAAUAACCUGGAGCGAGCUCUCGACUGGAUCUUCACCCACCCGGAGCUGGAGGAGAGUGAUGCCCUCUCAGACAUGGCAGACACAGAGCCCAACGACAAUGCUUUCUCAAACGCAAAUUCACACAGCGACUCCACACUUUCCCCAGACAGAGACACGUCAGGCCCACGGAUCAAAGAUGGACCAGGACGUGAGUGAAUCUGCAAGCCUGAUACCAGUGAUUGUAGCCUUCAGACCUUAUUUAUCCCUCAGUAUCAGCCAAGACUUCAUUAAAUCAACAAAGAUUUGCUUUUAUUGAUAAACUAUAAUGGUGAUUAGUAUAAUCAAAAAUCUAAAUUUGUUGAGAUAGUGUUAUCGUAAUAAUUGCAACAGCAGACUGGCAGAAGCAUUCAGUGUUUAACUGAACAAAGACCUGCAUGGACGUGAAAAAAGCAGAAACAAAAUGUCAAAGUGAGUUUCCCCUCCCCUGGAUUUUAAUUGCACCAGGUUGCUGUAAUAGUUCACAGGUUGGCUUACAUUUAGCCCCAGUUAAUGUCUGCCUUUUGAAUACAGUGUAUUUGCUGCUGCUCUGUCACACCAACUUUAGAUACAGCAGCAGCAACAAUAAUGACGCUGAUGAAUGCCAGAUGUUUUCACGUCCUGUUGUUAAUGGAAACCGCUUAUGACGCCUGGCAUUUAGAGGUUGUUUAGCUGCUGUUAUUUCAACACAAGCUCUAAAUGCGACUUGAUGUCCUCUUUUUUUUUUUUUCAGGUUACGAGCUCUUUGCUUUCAUCAGCCACAUGGGCGCAUCCACCAUGUCGGGACAUUAUGUUUGUCACAUUAAAAAGGAGGGAAGGUGAGUUGCACACAGUAAUUGAGGGGGAGGGGUAGUUUAGUUUCUCGUAGGAAAGAGCUGACGGCAUAUUGUGGAUAACAUGCAUCAUAUAUCAGUGUUUUCUUUUCUUCCUGUAGGUGGGUGAUCUACAAUGACCACAAAGUGUGUUUGUCAGAAAGGCCUCCAAAAGACUUGGGCUACAUCUACUUUUACCAUCGACUCUCCAGUAGUUAAACUAGAGCUCCCCCCCUACCCUUUAACCCUCCACCUUGCAACCUUUAAAAGAAAUGCAGUGGUUCACCUGCAGAAGACUGGCAGACAACACUAAUAACAGCCACAAUGGAAACAAUGGAAACAACCUCUGUGACCAGCUGCUAGCCUUACCACGAUGUCAUUCAGGAUCAACCAGGAACGCUGGUCGGAAAGGAAAAGCAAUGUGCUGUUUGUGCAUUUUUGUUCUGUUACGCUUUAAAUGUGUAUUUAAGUGUUUGUGUUUAAGAAAACACAUUUUCUCACCAGUGUAGGUACAGAGGGAUGUGUGCAAUUUCUACUUCUGGACUGCUCUGCACACAAAAUAAUGCCACAUAUCAAAUCUCAUUGUUCCUCCUCUAUGCCUUCAGCUACUGUGCCAGUAUUUUCAAAGUGGUACAUUUUAUAAAUGUAUAUUGAAAUGGGAGUGCUUCACUGCCAGGCCUAAAAUGCUCUGAAACUGCAACAACAAACAACAAAUCACUGUGCUGCUGGUGGUGGCUUUGUAGUCUGCACUGAAAUACAAAUGAAUGUUUUUUUUAAUCCCAGAAAAUCGAAAGAACCCCCAGAAAGUCAAUAUUUUAGUUAAGAGAAAAUAACAAUGUGCUGUAUACUUGAAGUUUCAGACUCUGAGCACCAUGAAUGGAUGUUAACAUUGUUAGAAACGGUGUUACUGGCUGAAUUAUGGCUCAAACCUGCCCCACUUUUACCUGGUGAUAACUUACAAGUUUGUACUCUGAGAGGAAAAACUUUCUGAGGUACACUUGCUGAGUUAUCAACGCUGAAGUAUUUUUCCUCCUCUGUAAGCACUUUUGUCUAAAAUGAGCUCAUGAGAUGCAGUUGGAGUGGACUUCUUAUUCACUAGCUCUAAGCACUGAGUAUGAGAACUUCAACUGUAGUACUGCUGAACCUGAAAAUUCUUGAACAGGCCAUUAGUCAAAGUUUAAUUGAUGCCUCAUUUAAGCAAAGCUGUCCUCAUAUUGUUAUCACAUAAUCAGUUAACGCAGAGAUCUCCUCACCCACUUCAAAGUGAACAUUUUCAUUUAUUCCAAAUUGCAUAAUGUUUGCAUUACACUAAACUCCCGCCAGCUUCAGUUUGGUUUCUUUGUACUUUGACAGAUUGAGACGACACCCCAAAAUUCGACUUGAAUGUUCUGCUCGACAUACUGCUGCUGUCACUUAAUCUAGAUAUGCACCUGAACUGUUGUCAUGUCUAAAGCAAUAUAUGCACCAAAACCAUAUCGACUCAGCCCUGCUUUAUGAUGUGAGCUGAACAGUGGCCUGUAACUCCUUCUUCACGAACAGACAUGUUGCAGUGCUGAAUGUAUAACCUCAUGGUGCUCACUGCAACUUAAACCUCCUGUUCAGCGUUAACUCUCAGAAACCACAGUGAAUGUAACACCGGCCCUUUGCUUUUCAGUCACAAUAAUCUCAAGCUGGAUUAUCCACAGACUGUACUCUUCUCACUUAUACCCUCAGAAUAUUCAUAAUAUGUCAGACAGUUUAAACAAAAAGAUGAAAUACUUGUUUUUAGCAAUAUCAGUGAAUCUAAUCCUCUGACUGUUAACAACUCAGCUUUUCUGGCUUAUAUUGUCUUUCUAUAACCUAAAUGUGGGGUACAUGAAACUGGAACUUUACAUCUUGAAAUCUGCAUAAUAAAGCAAAGUGUUGGUAUUUUGUUUGUUGCACAAACUCCUGCUCCAGUGAAUCUGUUUGUCACUCUGGUGCAAAUUGGUGGCACAUUUUAGAGGGGAUACCUGCUGAAACUUGGUAACUUUAGUGUCAUAACUUGUCAUAUUCAGAGAGAGAGAAUAAUCCUAUGAUGAUAAAUAAACAUUUCUAAAGAGAGUUGAACAGACAUAUUUUACUACAUGUUUAUGAAACAUCCUGGGGAAGAUUCCCAACUAACACGAAUGACUCGGAAAGAAAACUUUCACCAAUCUCAGGUAAUGCUUUUCAAAAAUGUUCAGGAGCGUUUCCCCCAAAGAGCUUUUAUCUACAGACAAAAACAACCUUUGCAGGAUGUUUCAGAAAAACACACAUUUACCUGAUUUACAUAUUCAGCAGUGUUUCUCCUUAAAUAACACUGAAUUUCAUCAUAUCACAACAUCUUUCAUUUUCGUCUCAUAUUACUUGAUAAACCGCUGCUGAGUUCAUUGUCUAUGCAGCAACAAAGUCUAAAAGGUCUCUCUAUGCAAGUCUUUUGUUUCUGGUGUUUGUUUUUUGUUUUGUUUUCGGUUAAAAACCAGAUCCCCCUGUUGGACCCUGUUCUUAAAUGAGUCAUUCUGCUUCACAUCACAAGUGGAUCAGCGUUAAACCUGUUAUCCUGCUUAACGAUGCAGAGUUGUUAUGUCUUGAGAAAGUCUGUGCAAUUAAUAAUAAUUUCUCUGCACCUUUUGUUUCCCCUGUACUCCAGGUCAUGUUCUCAUCUCUGUACUUUUCGUCUUUUUGUUUCAGCUUUUCCUCCAGCUCGGUCUCUAUUCAUUUUCUCUGUUGUUAAACCUAAUAGUUCAAUUUCAAGUCAUGAAAAAGCUUUUCACUGUCAGCAUGUGCACUAGACGUUGACAUUUAGUCAUUUGGAUUGUACAAUUGUACUUUUGUGAGUUUUAUUCUCUUUUUUUUUUCAUUUAACUAAAUGUCAAAAAAGGUACUUCACCUGUUUUUACUCUGUUGCCUUUUUGCAAACAAGUUUGUGCCAUUUCUGUAGUUUUCAUGACAUAGGUUUCCUGAUGGGAUUAUUGUAAUUUGACUUUUGUAAUGUAUGUGUUUAUCCAAAUAUGGCUUAGGUGUAUGUGAAUAGAGGGACUGUAUACUCCAAGGCACUGUUUACUUACCAGGUUUGGAUAAUUUAAUAAACUACACCUUUGUUGAGACUCUGCUUCUUGAACAAUGACCCCAGUAGAUGAACGUUUUCUUCAAGAACAAUGAUGACACAGGAGCACUGAAUAUAUAACAAGAGUUUAUUUUAAAAGAUUACUUUCAUAUUGUAUGUUUUAAAGGUGCUAAUGCUUUCCUUGUGAUUAUACAGGGAGUAAUAUGCAUCAUAGUAGGUGUUUCAAUAAAAGAAUGACUGUAUAUAAAGUAUAUAAUUUCUAGGUUCAUUCAUCAAAAUAUUUUAUUCAUACAUUUCUGAUGCAUCGAUAAAUAAACCAGAUAAACUGCUUCUGUACACAUGUUGAAUUAAAGGAGUAAAGAGAGAGAGAUGUUCACAGCAUGUACUGAUAACCUUUCUGAACCCCAACCAAGGAUGAUGUUAAUACCAUUUUAUAAAUGCUUUAUAGAGCCUGAGCAUGAUAUUAAAUGCAAGAAACUAAACCCAUUCAUAAAUUACUAGCACACUUAUAAAGCAAAAGUAAAAUACUUCAUGCAGAAAGAACCUAAAUGCAGAACCAAAUGCAGAUCAUUCUCCAUCAAAGUCUGUCUCAUGAGAGUGCGUUUGCACAUUUUCUCAAAAAACAUUUUUAUUUCUAAAUUUCUGUCUAAACAACUUCAAGUUCGUCAUGUAAUUUCCUCUGCUAUUGAGCCAAUCACAGCAGGCUCAAUAAACACAAAUAAUCUGCAAUACACUGUCACUAUGGAUAUACAUUGGAUAAAAAGUUAGGGAUUAUUUUUGACAAUAUUAAUUUCAAACUGCAUGUUUGUUCAUAUUUAUCUGAUUUUUAACUCUGGGCUACGGUGCAUCAAAAAAGCUGCGUAUAAAUCACAGUUGAUUAGAGGCUGAAAUGAUGGUUUUCAAAGACAGCAAACUGAAAUAUGUGAAGUUUGUUGAACUGUAAAUCAUGUAAAGCUGCUAAGAAGCUGUCAGACAGCCAGUAUAAAACCAAAAACAAGCAUAAAAUAGGAGCAAUAAAAAAAACUCGUUCAACAACCAUAAAAAGGUGAUGGCAUUGCAGUCUCCGUCCCAUCUCAUGCCCUCAAAAAAAAUAACAACAACAACCAUAAAAAUAUCAAUUAAGCUUUAUAAAUGUGUGUCUAGUAAUUUACACAAAUUGUGUUUAGUUCCAACACUAAAAAGCAUGGAGAGUGACUUCACAGGCUGGGAUUCUUGGAAAAGUUACCAGUACAUUUACAAUGCGUAGAGCUCAUAAUAACAACAUUUCUACAUAACUAUAACCAGCUGUACUCAUGUGCCAGUAUUUCUCUGCUCAAGCCUUGCACAUUUGCUAAUUCUAUGCAAGUAAAAGCAUCUCGUGUAGAAUAUAUCUGCUAAUUAUAUACAUCACUUUUUCAGGGUUACACAUUUUCAAAAGUGCAUUGUAGAAAUAUUGUAAGGAAACUUCAUGAUAUAUUUUGUUUCUAUAUGUUAGUGGGAGAAAAGAAAGCACUUUCAUGAUUUUCAUGCAUACAAAAGAACAAGCAUUCAAAAAUAAAUGUAUAGCAUCUAGCAUGCGAUCAUCUCGAUCCCUUUUUUUUCAUAGAAGCAUGCGUUAAGCUAGGUCAGUUCACCUGAGAAGGUCCAAAAGUAGGAAGGUUCUAGAAAAAGACAGUUAUUACCAGGCAUCUUGUCUCAGUGCACUGCAAUAUGAUGUGCACAGCAGGAGUUCAGAUCAUUAACCAGCAAUUUGAGAGCUCUUUAAAAAAAUAAGUUCUUCAUUUUUUAACAUAACUACAAAUGCAAAAAGCAAAGGCCUACAACCUCAUAAGAAAACAGAGCUGAUUUUGGAAACCACACUUAACCAGACAUCAUGUUUUGAAUUCGUAAAGUUCACUGUUAAUGCACAGUCGAGAGAGCUAGUGUUUAUGUUUAGAAAUGGAGGGGUACUGGCCUGAUUGUCCCCCAGUGUGCGUCGAGUCUGCAGCGGUACCUACGAAUACUGUAAGUGACUGCGGUAGAUUUGAGCAGAAAUAUAAACUUGGCUGAAAAAGACGAAGCUGUUUGACUUGAACAUGUCUGCAAACAAGAUUACAACCAUGCGAGCUGCUCUGUGAGGCUGCACUCACCCCAAUGUGACAAUCUUAAUAUAAAUUUUCGACUCUGUUUCAGCUGAGAGCAUGCUAACAUUUGCUGUUUUCCCCUUUGAAUUCAAGCUGACAGGUGCGUGUGUUGAACUCCUUCCAAUGCUGACACCAUAAUGACACUAUAAAGAAAAACCAUCAUAAUAUCUGCACAGAAAUGUCAUUGCAAAGGCAUUCUACUAAAAAAACAAACACUCAACCUCAUGGUGGUUCCAGUGAGAUUCAUGUUGUGUGGAAGAAGAAUGCCAGCAUGAAACCCCAUGAUGGUCUGUCCAUGACUUAGCUCGAUUUCAGUCCUCACCAAAGUGGUGGACCAACUCACCAACAUUUCCAUUUUAAAAAGCUGAGCUGCACGGCUGAAAAUAUCUAAUUUAGUGCUCAAAUGAUGAUGAAAUAUUCAACAGGACAGAGCUGAUGGACCAGCAGCUGUUAUCCAGAUCAGAUUAUCUCAGCAAAAUAAAAGCUGCAUUGCUGUUUUUGUAUCAUAAUAAAGUCUCUUGGUGAGUAAAUACACUUCCACAUCUUUUCUGACCUUCUUAGCUUUGCUGUUGUGCAGUCCACUGUCUCUUCUGGUCUCUACCUGAGCUCCUCUAGUCUCCUUGAUCUACUGAACAUCACAGACCCUCUGCAAACUUUGUUAUAAGUAUUUUAGUAGCAUGCCAUCUGGUCAAGCUCAGUCCUACAUGCAAAAGAGUCAAUUUCACAGAAUCCCUGUACUAACAUAUUACUUUCUAAUCUAACAGUAUGUUUUGCAGGAUGCUGUUAAUAUAAAACCACUAAAUUACAUCCUCUCUGCACUGAAUGACUUCAUCAACCAUGCAUUUACAAUCCAAGCUACCGACACUACAGCGAAGCUUGGCAGCCAUGAUGCUGUACACACAAUUCAACAAAAAUAUGUCCAUUUUAAUUUGGUGUACUGCUAAGAAGUUUUUAAAUAUACUUCUAACCCCUUAUGAAAUGUUGUACUGUAGUUCUGUUUUGUUGUCAGCUGGGAAGUUUGUAAGCUUGAAGAUUUGCAGUGCAUUUUAGGACAGCUGAGUAGGACUGGUGAUUAAAAACAAAAAAAAAAAAUCUGGCCAGUCUCAUCUGGGCUUUUCUUGCACACACACAAUAUUGCACACUUGAUAACAUACUGAGUGUGAUGCAGAACUUUGUAUGUGUAGUUUCAGAGAGUUAUCCGAUGCUUAAUGUACCACAGUAAAUUUGGUUGAUGCCACAGAGGUCAUGGACCCUUUGCUGCACCGCAGGGUUAUGAAAACAUGACAGCGACAGCUCAGGUGGGAGCUAUUUCUAUGUGUGUAUCUGUUUCUUUCUCUCUUUUUCAUCCCUCUGUUUCCAAAUGAAGCUCUUCUCCUUAUUCAGGCCAUGACAUCAAAGCGCUACAGUUUGGGAAAUGAAUGGCUCUUAAACUGGUCUCUGGUUUCCCCUGAUAGCAGUCUCUCCAAGCACUGAAUCACCACUUCCUUUUGGUCCGCUGAGGCAGUCAGGGACAAACUAACAAUUUAAACGGCAACAUAAAACAUGACCUUUUGCAUAGGAUCUGGAUAUAGAAAGCCACUUUGUUCAGCACAUCCAGACUGUGGACACACCUGCUUAGCAGCAAGGUGCUGAGCUAUGCAGUACAGCAGAUUAUCUAUCAUUUACUCUCUUGCACGCAAGGAACAUAGUGCUCACUGCACAGAGUGACUUUCAAACUAAUGUCACAAGAGAGGACGUUUGAAUACAAGUUUGUUUGGAGAAAACUGCAAAGGAAUCAUCGAAAAUAACCUCAUUAGUGGAUGGAUGGUCAUUUAAAGAAAUUAUCUUGUAAAAUGAAGAUGGUAAAGCAAAAACAUCCAAAUAUGUGCAGCACCCUGCCAAGCUUACAUGAAUAUUUAAAUCAUGCAUGAUGACUGAGGCAAACUGAUUGAAUUAAAUGGGUGAGCUUUCCUGCCUGUGGAGCCACAGCAGUGAUACAAAUGACUGCAUUAGGAGACAUCCCAGACUCUUUAGGGUUUUUGGCUUGCAGCCUCACAUUUUUUACCUGUAACACUAUCAAGCUGUAUUGAAAUGAACGCUGCCAGAAAAAUGAGAGAAAUGCGAGGACUACUAAAGCCAUUCCAGGGGGAAUACGAUAUUUUUAGACCCGAAAACGUCUCUUUUUUAGUUACAGAAAACUUUAAAAAGUUUCCACACUAAUGAAGAUCAGCACUGCCCAAAUGUUGUGUAUUUCUCCAACCUGUCACCAUAAAGGGAACAAAGAGAAGCCAGGAGCCAAAACAAAAUAAAUGAAUGAACAAACCAACCCGAGGAAACAAAAAUAAAUGUCUCAGACGGCUCUCAAGCUCAAAAGAUGACAGUCACUUAAAGAAAUCAAAACCACUCUGAACAUGGCUUAGUGUUCUGUGCUGCCAUCAAAACCGUAUAAGUAAAUAUAGUUGUUUACAUGCAUUUAAGUAAGGCUUUUCAACCUGGCUUACACAUUCCACAUGGGUUGAGGAAGUUAUCUGUGUGUCUGAAGUGCAAAAGGAAAACAUAUAUGUUAAUUUUGAACAAGAAUCCAUUGGUGAAAAUGCUUAUUCAUGCAGUAUCAUUAUUCUCUGCUGAAAGAAGAUGAAAACAAGCCAGGGACCCAAUCUGGAGUUCCAGGUCAUACUGUGCAGUCUUUAUCACUUGCUCACUAAAUCCAUCCUUCAGGAGAGUGAGACAGUCUUAAGUCUUUGAGAGUAAUUGGAUAACGAACCCCUUUUUUUUUUUUCCUCGAGACCUCGUCUUUUCUCUGCAAAGCAGCAUGUGAGGGUUCCUCGGUGAGACUCUGUGGGAACUGUCUGUCUGCAUGUCUCCACUGGCUUAGCUCUGUUCCACUGGAUGAGUCAGUGUUUAAUUGAUGUGUUCUCUAAGGCAUUGCUCGUACAAUCUUUGCCUGUCCUUGUGCUCUUCAGGGAAAUCACAAAUUGCAGUGCAAAUCCAUCACAAAGCAGUUUCUUCAAGCACUUGGCAGAACCUGUCCUCAGAACUGCUCCAAGAUACUUGGACCAAAAAUAUAACAACUCUGACGUUCGUAGUUGAUUUUGACAUGCAUAUAAACCAAACUGGUGUCUCCAACAUCAGAUUCGAUCCAUUCUGAUGUGUUCACUUUGGGCUUUGGCUGAAAUUUUGAAGUGUGUGUGUGUUGGGGGUGGGGGGUGCUUCUAAUAGUACCUCCCAGUCCUCAAAUGUCUAGGUUGAAGGCUCGCAUAAGGAGAUCCAGGUCACCAAUAUUUGCAGCCUGGAAGAGUUCAGGCUGGUCCAUCAUGGAUAAAGCUAUCCUCAGAGCA